AUAAACCCAGCUAAGAUUGAGCUAUACUCAACUCAAUAUUCUCUCUCUCUCUCUCUCUCUCUCUCUCUCUCUCUCUCUCUCUCACGAGACUUUGUAAGGUUUUCAGUGUUCUUGAGGUUUUAUUUAGGGGAUUUAUAUUUAAACAUUUAACAUGGCAGAGGUACUAAGUGAAGAACAGAUUGUUGAAUUUAAAGAGGCAUUCUGUCUAUUUGACAAGGAUGGAGACGGUGAGUUUCCUACUACUAUGUCCUCAAUUCUUGGUUGCAUAACUGUCGAAGAAUUGGCGACAGUUAUCAGGUCUCUGGAUCAAAAUCCAACAGAGGAGGAACUUCAGGAUAUGAUUAGUGAAGUUGAUGCUGAUGGAAAUGGGACCAUAGAGUUUGCAGAGUUCUUGAACUUGAUGGCAAACAAAAUGAAGGAAACGGAUGCAGAGGAGGAGCUUAAAGAGGCCUUCAAGGUAUUCGACAAGGAUCAGAAUGGAUAUAUAUCAGCUAAUGAGCUGAGGCAUGUAAUGAUCAAUCUAGGAGAAAAAUUGACGGACGAAGAGGUCGAGCAGAUGAUCAAGGAGGCCGAUUUGGAUGGCGAUGGUCAAGUUAACUAUGACGAAUUUGUGAAGAUGAUGAUGACCAUUGGAUGAUGAUACCAUAGUACUCAAACGUGGUGAAGAAAAUUCUCAUUCAAAUUCAUUCAAUUCCAUCCUCAUUUGCUCCAUAAGGAAUAAAAAGAUGUAAAAGAUGUCAAUGACCAAAAGUGUAGCAGGACUUGACUAGUAGUACCCUUUUGAUCUGUUCAACCUCAUUCAAUUCCACAUUGUAUUCUUUACCUUUCUAGUAAUAUAUCACUGUGUGUGUUUUUCAUUCAAAACCAAAAGCUCCCAAUGUCAUAUAUAUCCGUCUUUGUAUAAUGGAAACUUUAGCUUUAACCAUCUA